AUGGCUUCCGGCUUCGACGAGGAGGAGCUCCAUAUCAGUCUCUCGCCCUCCCAGAUCCGUCGACGCUCACAGCAGCACGGUGCUGCCGCUGCCGAUGCCGCCGCCGCUGUCGCCGGUGACCAUCUUCAACCUCCCGCCAACAUGGCUCCUCCUCCCGAUACCACCGCUCCGCUGCGGGACAAGAUCAAGACGGAGCAGCGCAUCGGCGCAUACAAGGUCCUCAAGACCCUUGGCGAGGGCUCCUUCGGAAAGGUGAAGCUGGCCAUUCAUAACGGCACCGGCCAGCAAGUCGCUCUCAAGAUCAUCGCCAGAAAGAAGCUCAUCAGCCGCGAUAUGGCCGGUCGCGUCGAGCGCGAAAUCGAGUAUCUUCAGCUUUUGCGACAUCCUCACAUUAUCAAGUUGUACACCGUUAUCAAGACACCAAAUGAGAUCAUCAUGGUCCUCGAAUAUGCCGGCGGCGAACUCUUCGACUACAUUGUGCAGAACGGCCGUAUGAAGGAGCCCGAGGCACGUAGAUUCUUCCAGCAGAUGCUCUGCGCCGUCGAGUACUGCCACAGGCACAAGAUCGUGCACCGAGAUCUGAAACCCGAGAACCUGCUACUCGACGACAACCUCAACGUCAAAAUUGCCGACUUUGGUCUGAGUAACAUUAUGACAGACGGAAACUUCCUCAAGACGAGUUGUGGAAGUCCAAACUAUGCUGCUCCUGAAGUUAUUGGUGGAAAGCUUUACGCUGGUCCUGAAGUAGACGUGUGGAGUUGUGGUGUGAUUCUCUACGUCCUGCUGGUGGGGAGGUUACCGUUCGACGACGAGCACAUCCCCAGCCUUUUCGCAAAGAUUGCCCGCGGCACCUACAGUAUCCCGCAGUGGAUGAAUGCCGGCGCGGCAAAUCUCAUCAAGAAGAUGCUAGUCGUAAACCCCGUGCAACGUGCCACAAUCGAGGACAUCCGACAAGAUCCUUGGUUCAUGGCUGAUCUGCCGCCGUACCUGGCACCGCCUGUCGAGGAGUUCUACAACACGGGCGUGGACCCUAAUAAGGCCAUUCAGAAGAGCGACAUCGCCCCCAAUGCUCCUACCAAAGUCCAGGAGAAGCUUCACAACGAGGUCACGGAGAAGAUCAGCAAGACCAUGGGAUACGGAAAGAAGGACGUCGAAGAGGCUCUGCAGGCGGCGGAGCCUUCAGCAAUCAAGGAUGCCUACAUGAUUGUUCGCGAGAACAAGCUGAUGCAAGUAAAUGAGGCUAUGGCUUCACUCUCGGUCGACCAAGACUCAAAUAGUCCCCUUCCGAGUGCCUCGUCUAUUAGGUCAGGAGCAUCUGCUGUGAGCAGCACACAACGGCCAUACAUCAGCAAAAUUGGUAUCCUGCCUAGCAGUUUACCAGCCUACCAUAAGGAGUACGUGGAGCGUGAAAAAGCAGGUAUCGAAGAUCACCCGACCCCCACGAUUGUGGUGGACGAGCCGUCGCUAUCUCGUACAGAUGCCGAAAGAGAGGAGACUGCUCGUCGUCUUAAGCCACAUUCUCGCAGUCAAGUCCGCCUCGACGACUCCAAGACAAGGCCACAGGGUAUGACGCCGGUGACUACAGCCAAGAAGACAAAGCCGGUAAGGUGGCAGUUCGGUAUCCGGUCGCGUAAUGCGCCAUGGGAAGCCUUGUUGUGCAUCCACAAAGCGCUCAAUAAGCUCGGGGCAACCUACGUACCAGAUGAGGAUUACGAAAAGAUACACGGCUCAGAAACGGAUCAGCCCAGCAACGACGGCAGCUUUGUUGAAGACUACACCUCACAAGGGGGCAAUGACUCCACGACCAGUAUUGACCCCUUGAAGAGAUACAAGCUUCCGGCCGACCCGUGGCAUAUCAAGGUCCGAUGGGAGACACAGACGUUGCACAAGAGCUCAUCGACUCCUACCGUGGGAACCAGAACGCCCGACAGCUACCAUGUUGUCGCGGACGACAACGUCAAGCGAGACUUCGUGGCUCUGCACAUGGACAUCCAGAUCUACGAAAUGGAGCACGGGGUCUACCUCGUAGACUUCAAGUGCUCGGGAUACGAGACGGCUGACAAGAGGCUUCUCGAGGAGAAGGAUGUCACAAGUCCUUUCCCGUUCUUGGACAUGGCAGCGAGGUUGAUUAUGCAACUAGCCGAAGCGGACUGA